AUGAGCAGACAGGCACCGACGGUGAGGUCCAUGCUGGGACGGCGAGGCUUCAGCUCGGCAUCGGAGAUCUGUGGUCGGAGCUAUGCUGCCGCUUGCCAGCCCGCCCGGUGCGCGGCCGGAGCCUAUAGUAGCCGCAGCGUCUGCAACCUGGGUGGGAGCAGAAGAAUUUCCUACGUGAACGGGGUCUGCGGCAAUGGAUGUUUUGGAGAUUUCGGCUUUGGAGGGGUUGUCGGCUAUGGUAAUGCCGGAGGAAGGGUUGGCCUUUGUGGCCCCAGGGGAUACAGCAUUGUGAGGGGGUACCCUGAUCGCAAGGGGGAAGGUAUCCAGGGCAUCUGCAUUGAUGAGAGGCUCCUGAAGCCCCUCUGCGUUGGGGUUGACCCACUGGAACAUGAGAUACGCUGUCAGGAGAAGGAACAGAUCAAGACCCUCAACACACAGUUUGCCUGCUUCAUCGACAAGGUCCGGUUCCUGGAGCAGCAGAACAAGGUGCUGGAGACCAAGUGGGGCCUCCUGCAGCAGUAUGUCCUGCCAAAGAAAGGGAAGAACCUGGAGCUCUACUUUGAGAACUACAUCUGCGACCUGCGGAAGCGCCUGGACUGCUUGCUGUGCGAGAAACAGAAGCUGGGCAACGAGGAGUGUGCCACAAGCCAACUGGUGGAGGAGUUCAAGUGCAAAUACGAGGAAGAAAUCAACAGGCGUACGACUGUAGAGAAUGAGUUUGUGGCACUCAAAAAGGAUGCAGACUGCAUCUUUUUGAACAAGGAAGAGCUGGAGGUGAAGGUGGAUCUGCUCAGAAGGCAGCUGGAACUGCUCAAGUGUGUGUUUGAAGAGGAACGGGCACAGGUCGAUCGCCAGCUGUGCGACACUUCGGUCAUCGUGAAGAUGGACAACAACCGGGACCUGGACAUGGAGAGCAUCAUCAAGAACGUUGAGUGCUGGUACCAAGAAAUUGCUCAGAAGAGCAAAGAAGAAGUGGAUGCCUUCUACCAAACCAGGUUUCAGGAGCUUCAGGAUAAAAGGGGCAAGUACUGCGAUGAUCUGCAGAGCAACAAGUGUGAGAUUUCAGAGCUGACCCGGAUGAUACAGAAGUUGCAGUGUGAACUGGAGAAUGUGAAGAAGCAGGUCUCCUGCCUGCAAACCUCCAUCUGUGAUGUCGAGCAGCGUGGGGACUGUGCCCUGAAGGAUGCACGAGAGAAGCACGUUGAGCUGCAGAAUGCCCUCCAGAAGGCCAAGGAUGAGCUGGCUUGCAUGCUGCGGGAUUACCAGGAGCUGCUGAAUGUCAAGCUGGCCCUGGACAUUGAGAUCGCCACCUAUAAGACUUUGCUGGAGGGUGAAGAGAGCAGGAUAUGUGUGGGGAACCCAGUGAGUGUGUCAGUGGUCAGCAGCGGCUACAACAUCCCUGACGACUGCGGGAUGCUGGCUGCCAAUGCAGCGGCGUGCGGCUACGGCUCCUUGGGGAGACGGUCCGGACGCCACAGCUCCCAGAACGGAGGAUUCAGCUCCCGCAGUGCCGGUAUCCACCCCAAGAGGGUCAUCAGUUCGGUGGCCAAGCCAUGUGUCCCAGAGGUGUUCUGCCAAGCCGGAGGAGUCAACUGUAAAACCGGGGGGUUCAGCUCCCGUAGUGGGGGGUACCCAGCCCGCACCGUCAUCAGCACGGCCAGUGGGGGCUUGAAUGCGAGGAUGGGGGCUUGCCAACCUGGUGGUGUGGUCAGCUUUGGGAACCAAGGCUGCGUCAUCCGGCAGCUGGCGGGCCCGCCGGUGGUGGUGGCCAACAGCCCUGAGGUCGUGGCGUGCAACAACGGCGUGGUGGGGAAUUUUGGGGUGGUCAGAGACCCUUGCGUGGUCCCAUAGGGACAGCAGCCACAGAGGUGGCACAGCCAGGAGCAGCGGAGUGCGGCGUGUAGACGCGCAGUUCCUACCACUGAGAUGAGGCAGAAGGGGUUUUCUGCCCUCAAAUAGCAACAUUUGUCACCCAGUCCGUUCCCAAAUUUGUUAACAUCACAUACACGCCCCAUCACCUUAUGUUUUCAGAGUCCCCAACCUUACAGUCACAUCUAGCAAGCUUCUCCAGCAGGUGCUCCACGUCGUCUUACUUCUCUGAGUUUAUACUGCUUAGGUGACUGCAGCUUUUAGGUUUUGUUUGUUCCACUGCCUUCCCCACCAGCUUUCCCAUAAUGAGCAGAUGCAUUAGGGGUGUUCUUCCUUAUGAGACACCUCUUUUUCUUACAGCACCUCCCAAAGCACUUCAGGAAAGAACAUGACAAUUUAACUUUCCCAGGAGGCGCUGCAUGGAGCACGUUCCUCUUCUUACCCAAAGAGAAACCCUGAGCUGCG